GGGAAAACGAAACUGCCGGGUUUGAAAUCCUCCGCCUCCCCCUGCGCCAUCGUCCUCCGCGUGACGGGCCAGAGCCUGGCGCGUCUGACCCACGUACGGCGGCACCGCGCGCAGGAUCAGAAGAAUGAACCAACCAAAGGGAAAUCUUGCACUGUCUGCAAAAUUUACCAGAUGUGUCAGGCUGUGGAACAGUCUCUCAGGGAAAGAGGUGGAAAAUCCCUUUGCUUGUUACAGUUACAACUAGACUGGUGUACUCCCUGGACAGUUCUUGGAGGUUGGUGAAGUGGAGAAAAUGGCAUCUGAGGACAUUACUAAGCUAGCAGAGUCACUUGCCAAAGCCCAAGUGGGCGGAGGGCAGCUGAGCUUCAAAGGCAAGAGCCUGAAACUCAAUACCGCCGAAGAUGCCAAAGAGGUGUCUAAGGAAAUUGAGGAAUUUGAUGGCUUGGAAGCCCUGCGCCUGGAAGGCAACACCGUGGGUGUGGAGGCAGCAAAGGUCAUUGCCAAAGCCUUGGAGAAGAAAGCUGAGCUCAAGAGGUGUCACUGGAGUGACAUGUUCACAGGGAGAUUGAGGUCUGAGAUCCCUUUUGCUCUGACUGCCCUGGGGGAGGCCCUUAUCACCGCAGGUUCCCAGCUGGUGGAGCUGGACCUGAGUGACAAUGCCUUUGGGCCGGAUGGCGUGCGUGGCUUUGAGGCACUGCUGAAGAGUCCUGCCUGCUUCACUUUGCAGGAGCUCAAGCUGAACAACUGUGGCAUGGGCAUUGGAGGAGGCAAGAUCUUGGCAGCUGCCCUGAAAGAGUGUCACAGGAAAUCAAGUGCCGUGGGCAAACCUCUGUCUUUGAAAGUAUUCGUGGCUGGCAGGAACCGUCUGGAGAAUGAUGGUGCCACUGCACUGGCUGAGGCAUUUGGGCUCAUCGGGACACUGGAAGAGGUCCAUAUGCCACAGAACGGAAUCAACCAUCCUGGCAUUACAGCGCUGGCCCAGGCCUUUGCUGCCAACCCGUUGCUGCGGGUUAUCAAUCUGAAUGACAACACCUUCACAGAGAAGGGGGCUGUGGCCAUGGCAGGGACUCUGAAGACUCUCCGACAGGUAGAAGUGAUCAACUUUGGGGACUGCCUGGUGCGCUCAAAGGGUGCCAUCACCAUUGCUGAAGCAGUCAAAGAGGGGCUCCCUAAACUAAAGGAACUGAACUUGUCCUUCUGUGAAAUCAAACGAGAUGCUGCCCUGACUAUUGCAGAGGCCACUGAAGACAAGUCUGAGUUGGAGAAACUGGAUCUCAAUGGUAAUGCUCUGGGGGAAGAAGGCUGUGAACAGGUCCAGGAGAUUCUUGAAGGUUUCAACAUGGCAGAUGUGCUGGGUUCCCUGAGUGAUGACGAAGGGGAGGAUGAAGAGGAUGAAGAUGACGAAGGGGAGGAUGAAGAGGAUGAAGAUGACGAAGGGGAGGACGAAGAGGAUGAACAACAACAGCUGCAGGAGAGGGGGCAGGGAGAACAGGAAUCGUUGCCUUCUAAGAAGAUUCUUGACUCACAUGACUCUACUCCCGUGUCUCCUCCUCCUCCUCCUGUGGAUGUUGCCACAUUCCUCGCCUUUCCGUCUCCAGAGAAACUGCUACGACUAGGGCCCAAGUGCUCUGUUCUGAUAGCUCAGCAGACAGACACAUCUGAUACAGAGAAGGUGGUUAUGGCUCUCUUGAAGAUCUCUUCUGUGUUCAAAGAUGAAACCACAGUGAAAACAGCAGUGCAUGAAACAACAGAUGCCUUGAUGAGAAAAGCCUUCAUUUCCGCCACCUUUAAUUCUGAUGCAUUCAUCACUAGCCUACUGAUCCACAUGGGUCUGCUCAAGAGUGAAGAAAAGAUCAAGGCUGUCCCAAGCCUCUAUGGCCCUCUGAUGACCCUGAACCAUAUGGUCCAGCAGGAUUAUUUCCCCAAAUCCCUGGCCCCAGUUCUCCUGGCCUUCGUGACAAAACCCAGCCGUGCUUUGGAUUCCUGCUCCUUUGCCCGCCACAUGCUGCUGCAGACCCUCCACCAGCUGUAGUAGGACCCCAACUCUGCCCCUCCCCCCCAUAGGACUUUUAUCAGCGAGAGCUCUUAGCCAGCUGGCGGGAGAGGAUGUCGGCACCCGUGGAAACAUGCUGUCCGUCUCUCACAGGGAUGUCCGUCCUUCCUUCUACUUUAACAAACGCAGAGGAAUCCUGCUGAUAUUUU